CCCCCAGCCCUUCCGUAUGUCCCAUGUGGAAUAUUGCUCCUCUUUUUAGGGGAUAAUCGCGGAAUCCCCGCUCGCGUUUCCCGGAUCCUCCCCCGGCUUUAAAACACAGCUGAGAUCUGGGAUUAUUACAGCCUUGGUUAUUUUGGCCUUAUAAGUUGCUUACGCCUUGCGUGUUUAUUUAUAUGAAGUAAAUAUUCCUGUUUCUGCUGCUGGAGCGAUUUAAGGCACUCCGGGCUCGGUGUGAGGCUUAAUGGGGUUAAACCUGGCCCUUAAACUCCCCGAGAGAGUAAUUUUUUUAAUGCAUUUAUCAUGAAUAGCUUCUUUCUUGUUCAUAGGUGGUGUAUGGGAAAGGCAGACAACUUGUGCAGGCUCUGGGUGAUGCCCAGCCCUCCAUGGAAUGAUGCCGUCCCGCACCAACCUCUCCGCUGGCAUUCCCAGUAGCAAGGUGAAAUAUUCCAAGCUCUCCAGCACUGAUGAUGGAUACAUUGACCUGCAGUUCAAGAAGAGCCCACCAAAGAUCCCCUACAAGGCCAUCGCCCUGGCUGUUGUGCUCUUCAUGAUCGGGACCUUCCUCAUCAUCAUCGGAGCCCUGCUGCUGGCAGGGUACAUCAGCAAAGGAGACACGGACAGGGCCAUCCCCGUGCUCAUCAUCGGCAUCCUGGUGUUCCUGCCCGGCUUUUACCACCUGCGCAUCGCCUACUACGCCUCCAAGGGCUACCGGGGCUACUCCUACGACGACAUUCCCGACUUUGACGACUGAAACAACCACCCCACCCCGCCCUCCUUGGUUGCUCAGAGCUGGUUUCUGCUCCCCCCCCGGGCCUGGGGGGCCUGGCAGGUCCUCCCAGUGUGUCCCUCGGGCGGUUCCUGGGUUUGAGGUGUUGCAGGUUGGCCAGUUCUGGGGGGGGGUAGGGGGUUUGGGGAGGGGCUGGAACACGGAAUUGACCAAAAGGAAUUGCAAAGAACUUGGGAUUUAUGGUGUUCUUCCUCUUUCCUGCUGCUGGGAAGUCCUUCCCGGGCGUGGCAAUUCUUGCAGUUUUCCAGAAGUAGCUGAGCCGCUUUCAGCAGCAGAUCCUGGUUUUUUUCUGACUGUUUUAUAGAGUUUAGUUUAGUUUUCCAUGAGAUUGUGGUUGUUGUUGGCUUUACCUUUGCAGGCAAACACCGUAGUUCCGUUCUCCCUUUGCUCUCUGUCCAUCAGAAAUGCUUCCAGAGUCCUUGUCCUGAGCUUUCCUUGGAGUAGCUCAAGUCUGAUGUGCUUGACAGGAGGAGGAAAACAGCACAGUAGGAAAUAAUUUACACACUGCACUUGCUACACAGCUCCCUGUCAGGCUGAGCGAGCUCAUUUCCCCACAGGCACAUUCUUCCCAGGAGAGCUUUUCCCAGCCCACUCUUGCUUUGGGCAAAAUCCGCUUAUCCCUCACCAGGAUUUUUGGUUAUUAUUUUCAACAACUGAAUGGACACCGGGAGGAGGGUUGGAAUCCAGAGCAGGGCUCAAGUGUGUAAAUACCAAAAAUCUUGGGUUUGACUGAUGUGGCUGUUGGAGGCAUUCCUGGAGACACUUGAAUUCCAGCUGUCUGUUGGUUUGGGGUCGUUCUGUCCUCGUGGAGCAAAUAUUCUGUGCAGGGGCUGCCCAGACCAGUGCUAGAAGAAUUCCCUGUGUAGUUUGCACUGACCAAAUUCCCUCUGGGUUGCUUUGCCAGCAUCAGUCAGGGCAGGCAGAGCUCCAUGCCUGAGGUGUCCUGGAGAACGUGUGACAGGUGGGGGUGCGAGUGGAUGCAUUUAACAUGAAUAAAGUUCUAUAUUCUGUGUAA